AUGAGGAAUGCAACGCGCCGUGCCAGUGCGCAGUCCUCCAGUGCAACCGUUCCCAGCGGCCAACAUCUCCUGGGCGCCCCCUCCGCCAAGCCCAAGCAUUCGUUCUCGGGCAGUUCAGGGGGCACCAAAAUCAAGAGCCGGGACCGCGGGUGUUUGCAUGUCGGUAAGAACUGACUACUACAUUGCUGAGUGUCAAAGUAGAGGGGAAUGGCGGGCUGAGGACCCGGAGAAUUCAAAUUUGGCGAUUAGGCGAGAGAGGCGGGGUCGCUGGGGAUUAGGACACCUGAAAGGGACGCUGGGGCAGGCUUCUGUCGUCCGUCCGGUGGCCCUUGAGGCCCUUGGGGUGUUGUUUCGAACUGUUUCCGCGGACUCCCAUUAUAGGUCCGGUUCCGGACAUUAAGCAUCCAUGAAAUCGUAAUGUCUUCCUUCCACGGCUUAUUGGAUCCAGGAUCGAGGCUGAGAGAAGACAGGCGUGCAUGUCGCGAGACUUCGCUUAAGCGUCACUACUUUCCGCACCCCCCCCCCCCUUUUUUUUGAAAACUCUCACAAUCAAAGUUUGCCUGUCUCGAAUUUGGUUAAAACUCAAUUCACUGUCCCCCUCGUUUGGACGUUCGUUCUUCUUUUCCGAAGCAAAUGUUUUUUCAGAAGAGGAAGACGAGUGGGGCCGAGAGCGAAUCCGUGGACCAAGAACUUACUUCGGCCUCAAAACUUUUCCGGAUUUUUUUGAUUGGCUUGGGUCUCGAAGUUUGGGGACAUUCAGUUUGUUCUAAAUUCUCCAAAACAGGUUAAUCUGCAAGCGAAAAAUAAUUUUACCGGUAUCUCCGCUGUUUCCCUACGAGUAAUCAAAGAGUUAUCGGUGAAAUGUCGGGAUCAGAGAGAGCUUGGAAAGUCCUUGAAAGUGCCCUGUGGCAGUUGUUCUGUGCCAAAGUCAGACAGCACACUCUCCCCCGCGGGCAUGAUCUCUGGCCGGGCUUCCUUUUCCUCUACCCUCUCGCUUCCCUUGGCUCCCCGCUCUUGGGCCUUGCCCAUUUCCGUGGCCCAGCGCCGGCUACAUGACCGGAUAAUAUUUUUGCCUCAAGGCGCUCCUCACCGCACCCUUUUUACAGGUAAAGCGCCGGCGUCGACGGGUGUGCUGGAUUCGACUGGACUGAUCGUGAUCGCGCCCAACUCCCUAGCCAGCUCGCCGGUGAGUCCGCUCCCGUUGGGCGCCUCGCUCUCGCCCUCGCUGCACUCCAUGAACGCUGCCGCCGCGAAUGUCUCCCAGCAAAUGAUGACCUCCGGCAUGGGUCCCGGACCGGCCAACGCGAAUCCCCCCGCCUCGACCACCACCAUCUCCGCCUCCGCAAGCUCCGCCGACUCCACGAUGGCCGGUCAGAGCGGGGUCUCAGGAGAGAACGAAGGCGUCAACAACAGGGACGACACCAACAAGUAAGUCCUUUACUCUCACAGGUCAAAAGACGGGUGUACUCAACCUCCAGUUCAGUUAUUACACUGGCUAGAAGCGUGGGAAGGAAAGGUGUUCUGGGCGUGGGUAUGGUGGCUAAUAAAAAAACAAAUGGGAAUGGAGCGAUAAAUUGGAAUUCCCAUUCUGAAAAUAAUUAUUUAUUCCAUUAUGCUACGCAACUUACCACUGUUUUCUCCAAAAUUGGUAGACUUCAAUUAGAAAAUGGGCCUAAUUCUUUUUUCGGGGGCCAAAACCGGCACCGGGCAACGGAUUGCGAAUUUCGGAAGAAAGGCCGAAUGUUCCGAAAAAAGUAAAAGUAAUUGUUUGGCCAAGGCUCACUUUUCAUUUCUCGAAGGGAGGGGGGAUGAGCCAUUAAGUACGCUUGGGGGAAGGCAGACCAGCCGAGGCUUGACUCUAAUCACCUGCGCAAAGUAAAUGAAGGCCGGACUAGGUCCGCCGUGUUCCGUAUUCGGUGCCUCAUUGCCCCAGCGCCCUUCCUUUCCGUCCUCUCGCCCGCAGCAGACGGCCUUCUUCGACUACAGGCUUCACAGUGCAGAAGAAAAAGGAGAAGAAAAAGAAAGGAAAGGAGAGUCUUGGCUUUGCACUUAUCCGCCAACUCCUUCAACGUUUACUGCCUCCCGAAAGAAACAGAAUCUACCUUCCACAUCUUCAUUUGCGGCCGUCACGAGUCGGCUUCAUUCAUCUGUUGGGCCUCAUCAUUCGACUACUCGUCUGUCAACAACCCAUCCUGUUUCCAUUUCUGAGGUUCCCACUGUAUUGGUGGUUCCUGGAUCUAUUUUAUUCGUCGAUCCCUUCUUCUAAUUAUUUUAUAUUCUUAGACGGCCAAUUCUUAAUACCGGACUGAUUGGAUCAGUCCCUUUUGCAGAGCAACGUGGCAUCUGAUGAAGAUCAUCUCCCGGCAGCCCAGUCUUUGCCGGACCGGACUGCCUCGCUCUCCGAGGCGACCCGCCCACACCCUUGUGCUCUUCUGGAUCAGCCUCGAAUAGUCUCCAGCAAACAAAUCCAUCAUCGGAAUGUUCUCUGCCAUCGUCGAUCUCUGCCUUUGGCAACCAGCCAAAGUCCCGCCUUAAUCCAUUUAAUUCAGUUAGAAAGACGACAGCCAGUGGCUUUGGUCGCGGCCCAAUCAUCUGCCCAAAUAGCCUAUGCCCCGCUUCUCCAGAGUAAAUGCAUCUGUUGUGGGUUGAGUACAGCCAGUUCGGAGUGUGCGUUGAAUGACUUGGUCGAUUUCUCGGCCAGUCGUCAUGAGUUGCACGCCUUUUCUAUCGGGGGGUUAAAACAAUUCCAUUGUCGAUUACAUUGCAGUGAAUGGCAACCUCCUUUCCCUUUGCUAUGUGCCUACCAUGACUGUCAUUCGCUAGCAGCCGGUUGGGGGCUAGGCCCGCCCACAACUUCAUUAGAGGCGGCUAAGCCCACUGGCGCAUCUCAGGCUCAAUCCCCAUCAGAAGAUGACCCUGGAGAUGGGAAGGCCAACGAACUACUGGCCAGUUGUCCUGCCUUUAGGUAAGUGUUGUACCCCAUAAUUAAUGAAUGCCUUUACUGUUACGCAAGAGUAAUAUUUUUUUCUUAGAAAUGAAUUGGGAACGGAGCCAGUUCGUCGAUUGGCCCUUUCUCGACCAAGUGCCGCUCAGAUGUACCCGGUUAAGAGUGAUGAUCCUCUCAGAUCACCUCACGAGACUUGGCAACGAGAGCAUACAGCAGCCGAAGCCGGGGUCCUCGAAGACGUGUCUAACGUUUAUCUCGGUGGGAGAUUGUGUGCCGCUCGUCAACCUAAGGUUGUGAUCGAGCCCCAGGACAUCGGCUCCUACUAUUUUCGGCAUUGUUUUGCUGGUAGACGUAUGUUCCGUCGUAAACUUUAAAUGCCUCUUUGUUUUAGCACACAUUGAUUAUUUUGGAACCGACGAACAACUUGGGCCAAUGGCCAUUUCCAUGGUCAAGGAGACCACCGAGCGGAAAGAGCCGGGGAAGACGGGUAUUAUCUCCAACACUCUCUACAGACUCAUCAUUCGAAUCAGUGAUGUGAGUGAUCUCUUCUAUCAGUUCCUAUUUCUUUCUUAUUUUUUGUUUUAGAUGAUGACAAUGAGAGUAGCGGUUCCAGAAGAAGCAUUAGCAGAUUCGUCUCAGGAUAAAUCAACUAGGAGUCUGAUGCGAGAGCUUCUUGAAUUAGUUUGCCCUCAGGUUCACUUUGGCAGUCUGCGCCCAGCGCUUCCCACUCAGAAGGUGGAAGAUCUUCUCCUAAAGAUAGAUGAACAACCUAUUUAUACCAGAUACAAAGUCGGGGUACUUUACUGUAAGGCGGGUCAAUCUACAGAAGAACAGAUGUACAAUAACGGUAAGUAAUGUUAUCGUACUUUUUUGUAAACGGUUUUUAGAAACCUCAUCUCCGGCAUUCGAAGAAUUCCUGGACUUUCUCGGGCAAAGAGUUCGUCUAAAGGGAUUCGAGAGCUAUAAAGGAGGUCUGGACACUCGAGGGGACACCACCGGAGAGCACAGUAUCUACACAGAAUAUCACUCUCAUGAAGUCAUGUUCCAUGUUUCCACAAUGCUGCCCUUCACUACAAACAACAGACAACAGGUAAGAGUCUCAUAAAUGUGAUGGAUGGCCCUUUUUCUCAGUUAUCUCGCAAACGCCAUAUCGGAAACGACAUGGUAACCAUCAUCUUCCAAGAGCCUGGAGCUCUGCCCUUCUCCCCGAUUACAGUACGAUCCCAUUUCCAACAUGUAUUUAUUAUCGUCCGGGUCAACAAUCCAUGCACGGACAACGUCAGCUACGGAGUUGCCGUGGCCCGAGCCAAAGAUGUCCCGGCGUUUGGCCCACCAAUUUACAGAGGAGCCACGUAUCAGAAAUGCGCUGAAUUCCAUGACUUUUUGCUGACUAAAAGUAAGUUUUUAAUCAAGCGUUUGUUUCGUUAUGGUAGUAGUCGCGGAAAAAGUCCUGGGAAUUUCUCGCUCCCCCCAAAUUCCGAAACACUCCGAAAGUUGAUUUGUCGCGGGAAUUGCGCGCGACAAUAAGGCAAAAUCAACAAAAUUGCAAAAGUACUUUUCGGGUUCAUGCACAGUGCAGAGUCGCAGAAAAUUCCCUGGACUUUUUUCCGCGACUAGUAUUACUUUUAAUUACUCUUUGUUGUUUAGUCAUCAACGCCGAGAAUGCAGUCCAUCGUUCGUCAAAGUUCGCGGCCAUGGCUGCCCGAACAAGGAGAGAGGCCCUCAAAGAUCUGGCCGAGAACUAUGUCACAGCUCAUCCUAAUGAAGGUCCUUCACGGAUAGCCAGUAAGUGCCCGUGUCAAAUUUUUACAUUUCCUGUUCUUCCAGGUCGUUUUCUGGGCGGAUCGGUCAAAAGGAAAGAAAGGCCCCAGCCCAAGCCAGUCCUCGGCCCCAAUGUGAGGGGUGCCCUAUCCUGGUUGGUCGAUGUUCAUGAUCAUUCUUUCAAUCAACGAAUCAGCUGUGUUCUGGGGCUUUCGGCAGAGAGUCUGGUCCUUCUGGAGAUACCCUCAGGCGCUGUUCUUUUUGCCACCCCAACCCAUGCCAUCCUUGGAUGGGUAAAUACAGAUGUAGGGCUUAAGAUAUAUUAUGAUCACGGUGAUAUGUUGCUGAUGCGAUGUUGUACUACCGAAGGAAAUGAUCGAGAGUUACAUGCGCUACUGAAGCGAUUAGCAGCAGUCACGAAUGGAGAAGAGGCCAAAGAAGUUAUGCUGAGGAAGCCGCGACCAACUGAUCCCUUCGGCUUUCAUCUCCAAGAAGAAGGAGUCGUCACUGAUGUCGAGAUGUAUCAGACAGCCUGGAAAGGAGGCCUGAGACAGGGGUCGAGGAUAGUGGAGAUGGAAGGGAUCGCGGUCGUUACCCUGAGUCACGAUCAGAUGACAUCUAUGUCCGAAGAGAGAAUGCAAUUGAGGUUAAUGAUGAUCGCCCCAACUGCUGAUGGAAACCCUCGAAGGGGAUGUGAAGAUCCGAAUUGCCCAGCCAUCAAAGGCCAAGAAGUCCAAAUCUUGACACCAGACACGUUCGCGAAACAACCGCUAACGUAAGAGUACUGCUCAGAGGUUAUCAAAAAUCUAAUUUAGAUACCAAGAAAUGUUCAAGAUCAGGAAUAAGGAAUUGUCAUCAUCUCCUCACAACAGUCCUUCAAACAGCUUUGAUGAGCGAUUUAGUUUUAACACCAAGAUAAACGUAUGUAACAUUAUUCUAAAUUAAGGAGGUUUUAGAAGGAGGGCAUCCAAUCUCCUGUGGACACCACAAAAGAAGCCAAGUAUUCAAAGAAGAUCUCGUAAGUUUUCUGAGUCUGUUACGUCUAUGUUAUAUUUGUUUGAAUGUAACUGUUAACUAACGGUUACCUUUUAGAACUGUUUCUAUGGCCUCAAAAAAUCUCAAAUCGGUUUCCCUGACCAAUCAGAAUAGCGAGGGUGACAAGGAAGACUGGUUGUCCCAGCUGGAUGAGAUCGAAGCGGGCCCAUUUCAGGAUGACGCUAGCAAAUUUCAAUGGCACCUGGAACGAAUCAUCAAGGAAAAGAAAGACGUGGAACAACAGAUGGCACAACUCAGGUCACAAUUAACUGCUGUAAGUUCUAAAUAAAACAAUUCCUUCAAUUUUAAGCAUCAAAUAGGUAAUUUAUCUUUUUUAGGAACGCCGUGCUCACGAAAAUACCCGAAAACAAUUGGAAAUGGUGCAAAAAUACUGUCAGAAGCUAUCGAGCCAGCCGGAAGGAGACGAAGUCCUCUAA